GAACUGGCUCCGCCCCCACCUCCCCGUGCCCCGGAAGCGCUCCCCCGCCCCCAGCCUCACUUCCGUCGGGCCGGUGGCAGCUGCAGCGAUCGAGCUCCGGGCAGCGCGGAGGAAGCGGGCGGAGCCGGAGAACAGAACCGCGACUGAGACGCACUGCAAACCAGGGGCCAGAAUGACAGACUCCAAGUACUUCACCACCACAAAGAAAGGGGAGAUCUUUGAGUUGAAGGCAGAGUUGAACAGCGACAAGAAGGAGAAGAAGAAAGAGGCGGUGAAGAAGGUGAUCGCCUCCAUGACCGUUGGCAAAGAUGUCAGUGCGCUCUUCCCAGAUGUGGUGAACUGUAUGCAGACCGAUAACCUAGAGCUGAAGAAGCUGGUCUACCUGUACCUGAUGAAUUAUGCCAAGAGCCAGCCAGACAUGGCUAUUAUGGCUGUCAACACCUUCGUAAAGGACUGUGAGGAUCCCAACCCUCUGAUCCGUGCUCUGGCUGUGCGCACAAUGGGCUGCAUCCGGGUGGAUAAGAUAACUGAGUAUCUCUGUGAGCCCCUGAGGAAGUGUCUGAAGGACGAGGACCCUUACGUGCGCAAGACAGCAGCAGUCUGCGUGGCAAAGCUUCAUGACAUCAAUGCCCAGCUUGUGGAGGACCAGGGUUUCCUGGACACACUGAAGGACCUGAUCUCAGAUUCCAACCCUAUGGUGGUGGCUAAUGCGGUAGCAGCCCUUUCGGAAAUAGCAGAGUCUCACCCAAGCAGUAACCUGCUGGACCUGAACCCCCAGUCUAUUAACAAGCUGCUGACGGCCCUGAAUGAGUGCACAGAGUGGGGCCAGAUCUUCAUCCUGGACUGUCUGGCUAACUACAUGCCCAAGGAUGACCGGGAGGCCCAGAGCAUCUGUGAACGGGUGACGCCCCGGCUGUCCCAUGCCAACUCUGCCGUGGUCCUGUCGGCAGUGAAAGUGCUGAUGAAGUUCAUGGAGAUGCUGUCGAAGGACCUGGAUUAUUAUGGCACCCUGUUGAAGAAAUUGGCUCCUCCUCUGGUCACAUUGCUCUCGGCAGAGCCUGAGCUGCAGUACGUGGCUCUCCGCAACAUCAACCUCAUCGUGCAAAAGAGGCCUGAAAUCCUGAAGCAUGAGAUGAAAGUGUUUUUUGUGAAGUACAAUGACCCCAUCUACGUUAAACUGGAGAAGCUGGACAUCAUGAUCCGCCUGGCUUCCCAGGCCAACAUUGCUCAGGUGCUUGCUGAACUGAAGGAGUAUGCGACAGAAGUGGAUGUUGACUUUGUGAGGAAGGCAGUCCGAGCCAUUGGCCGCUGUGCCAUCAAGGUUGAGCAAUCAGCAGAGCGCUGCGUCAGCACGCUGCUCGACCUCAUCCAGACCAAAGUCAAUUAUGUGGUGCAAGAAGCCAUUGUGGUCAUCAAGGACAUCUUCCGCAAGUACCCCAACAAGUACGAGAGUGUGAUUGCCACUCUGUGUGAGAAUCUGGACUCCCUUGACGAGCCUGAGGCCCGGGCUGCCAUGAUUUGGAUUGUGGGAGAAUACGCGGAGCGAAUUGACAACGCGGACGAGCUGCUGGAGAGCUUUCUGGAGGGCUUCCAUGAUGAGAGCACCCAGGUCCAGCUGCAGCUGCUGACUGCCAUUGUGAAGCUCUUCCUAAAGAAGCCCACUGAGACCCAGGAGCUGGUGCAGCAGGUGCUGAGUCUGGCUACUCAGGACUCUGAUAAUCCGGACCUGCGGGACCGUGGCUACAUCUACUGGCGUCUGCUCUCCACUGAUCCUGUAGCUGCCAAGGAAGUGGUGCUUGCGGAGAAGCCCCUCAUCUCCGAGGAGACGGACCUGAUUGAGCCGACCCUGCUGGAUGAGCUGAUCUGUUACAUUGGCACGCUGGCCUCUGUCUAUCAUAAGCCUCCCAGUGCCUUCGUGGAGGGGAGCAGAGGCAUUGUGCAUAAGAGCUUGCCUCCGCGGACAGGGUCGAGCGAAAGUGCAGAGAGCCCUGAUGCAGCCCCGUCAGGAGCCCCCCCUUCAGAACAACCAGCUGUCAUCCCAACUCAGGGUGACCUCCUUGGUGAUCUCCUGAACCUUGACCUGGGCCCCCCAGUGAGCGGACCUCCUGUUGCUACAUCCUCUGUGCAGAUGGGGGCUGUGGAUCUUCUUGGAGGUGGCUUGGACAGCUUGAUGGGAGACGAGUCUGAAGGGCUGAGAAGCGAUGUAGGCGGCAGUCCUGCAAUGGGUGGCACCGGCUUUACAGCUCCCAGCACAGUGAUGCCUGCAAACCUCGGGCCACCCCCCAGUGGUGGCUUGGGAGACCUCUUUGAUCUGGCCGGUGGAGUGGGCACACUGUCAGGAUCCCACGUAGCACCCAAAACAGUUUGGCUCCCAGCCAUGAAGGCCAAGGGCCUGGAGAUUUCUGGUACGUUCAGCCGCCAGGUGGGCGCCAUCUCCAUGGAUCUCUUACUAACUAACAAGGCCUUGCAGGUCAUGUCUGACUUUGCCAUCCAGUUCAACCGUAACAGCUUCGGCUUGGCACCAGCUGCUCCUCUUCAGAUCCAUGCCCCUCUUGCUCCGAACCAGACUGUGGAGAUCUCCCUCCCUCUGAACACAGUUGGCUCUGUCAUGAAGAUGGAUCCUCUCAACAACCUCCAGGUUGCAGUGAAGAACAACAUUGACGUGUUCUACUUCAGCACCUUGUACCCACUGCACAUCCUCUUUGGGGAAGAUGGGAAGAUGGAGCGGCAGAUGUUCCUGGCCACCUGGAAGGACAUUCCAAAUGAGAAUGAAGCCCAGUUCCAGAUCAAAGAUUGUCCUCUCAGUGCAGAUGCUGUUAGCAGCAAGCUCCAAGGCAGCAACAUCUUCACUGUAGCCAAGAGGAACGUAGAGGGCCAAGACAUGCUGUACCAGUCUCUCAAACUGACCAAUGGAAUCUGGGUCCUGGCAGAGCUACGAAUCCAGCCCGGCAGUGCCGGCUUCACGCUGUCUCUGAAGUGCCGAGCGCCCGAAGUAUCCCACUAUGUUUACCAAGCAUAUGAAACCAUUCUGAAGAACUGAGGCACCCACCUCAUCCUCCUCUCUCUCCUCCCACAUCCCAGAUGAGGAAAUGGGGACCAGAACCUGCGUGCAUGUUUCCUCUUGACCUUGGAAGGAACAAAUGCAAGAUCAAGAUACUUUGGAAACUUCAAACUGGCACCCCCGAUGCUGAAAAUGGUGUGAGCGGCAGUGCCUAGCAUUCCAUCUUCAGCUCCCUGGGGAUGGGGUGGGAGGAGAGGGGGGCAGGGGGAGGGAUCUUGUUGCAAUUCAGUGCAUCAGUGUAGAAUUCUUUCAUGUGAAGUAAUGCAGUGUCCUUUUUGCUGACGUUGCCCCUUUAAGAGCCCUGUUUUUUGCCCUUGUACUCUUACUGAAAUUAAGAGCGUGUGUGAGAAUCUGGGUGGAAAGGCAGUGCCCAUUAAGUCUCAUUACUAUCUUCAAAUCCAUUUCCUCCGACCUUCCCAGCCAAAUAAAUGAAUCAGCACUUCGGUGUUUAAAUACGGCUUGUGCUGCAUCGCCAAGCCCAGCCCUGGAGGACAGUGGUGAUGGGUCUCUAGCAUUUGAACGCAUGUGUUGUCUGGUGAAGAAUUCCUCGCUAAUAACCCCUCUUCUGAUGGGAUAGCUAUGCUGAAGCACUGCUUCUUCCUCCUCCUCUCAUGGUGACCUGUUACUUGGGGUGGAUUUGCUUCCAGUCCUGCUUGGAAAAAUCCAGAAGCAUCACUUGUGCUGAUUUGUGCUUAACGUGCCUCUGAGCCUCCCUUAUUUCUAGGAGUGGACAAUAAAAAGGGACUCUUUGCUGAAGCUUGGCACAAGGUCUCAGCCUGGGGGGGAUUGUGGGAAUUUUGGGGGCUGGGGCAGGUGUAACAGGAGUUGGAAAUAAUUUGGGGCUCUUUGCCUCUGCAGAUCAAGUUGUUCUGUAACUUGCCGAAAGCUUUGUGUCUGCAGAGUGGACAGCUUCGAAGGCAGCUAGCUAAUGAUGAAUUGAUGCCUUGAGUAUUUUUUCAAGGUGGCAAAUCUCCAUUUAGAGCUCUCCUUCCUCCUUUGAAAUUUAACUGACCAAGGCACUUGCUUUUCUUGGUUCUGCAGAAACAAGCUCCAUUCCCUUCCCUCUGUAAGGGAUAAUGCAGUUCCAGACAUGGAACAGAUAUCUCCGUAUGUAUCUCAAUAGAUUGCAUCUGUUCCUUUAAAAGGCUAGUUUGAGUUUACCCCCAAACACUGAGGUUCCCUUAAGCAGAGGGCUUGAUC